GGGCCCGGGUUUCUUGAAGCCGUGUGAGCGACCACCCUCGGUUCCGCGCUCCUCGCUCUCCCUCGUCCUUUCCUCUUUCCUUCCCCUGUCCGGCCGCCAUGGUGCCCCCGGCCCGCUCGCUCCUGCUGUGGGUGCUGCUGCUGCCGCUGCCGCGGUCCCUGAGCGCCCUGGGUGAAGAGUGCAAGGAUGAAUUUGGACAAAAUAAUUCUCAAGACCCAUGCCCGAAGUUUUGCUGUGGAACUUGCUUCUUCCAAUACUGCUGCUCAGAUGAGUUAAAAAAAUUUGAUGGCGAUAAGCAGAAGUGUGAAUUCACUAAAAGGGCAAAUGAGCUGACUGAAGCAAAGGCGUUGAAAUUCCCUGCAGACUUUGAUGACGAUGACUGGAUUACUCCCAAUUUUGGGACGUUUAUUGCCGUAGGCGUGACGCUGUUUGUGGUGUUUGUUGCCACUAUCAUCCUUUGCUUCACAUGCUCCUGCUGCUGUUUGUAUAAGAUGUGUCGAAGACCACCCCCUGUUGUGACUACCACUACUGCUACCACGGUGGUCCACUCGCCUUACCCUCAGCAACCAGGUGUCCCCCCAGGAUACCCUGUAGCAGCCUAUCAGGGGUACCAACCUAUACCAGUCCAGCCGGGACUCGGACAACCGGGAAUGCCAGUCGCACCCUACCCAACCCAGUACCCUCCACCGUAUCCAGCAGCGCAACCAUCUGGGCCCCCUGCCUACCACGAGACUGUGGCCGCUGGGGCUGGAGCUCCCUACCCAGUCAGCCAGCCUCCCUACAAUCCUGCCUACAUGGACUCUCAGAAGCCCUCCUACUGAGUGGAUUUCUCUCUCUCUUCCUUUCUUUCUCGCUCUCAAUCUCUCUCUCCACCUCUGGAGCAGACUUUCCACUGUACCUCUUUAUGUGUUGUUACACCUGAUAGAUGUAGAAGGCAUUACGUUCAAUUCUGGCUUUCCAAGAGGCAGCAGCUGGUUUUUGUCUCCGUAAAAAAGAAGACAGUUGAAUGAGUAGCUUUUUGAAAUGGAAUACAUCAGAAAAAUAUCUCUCACUUGAAAUUGUUUAUUGAUACCUCAGAAAAUUCAGUGAAGGACUUCUUUUCCAAACUGCAGUAAGGGAGAAAGGACAAAAAUUUCUGAAAUGAGGCAGGCAACAGGCCUUGUGCAGCAAAGAGGGGAAAGAGGGAAAUUGCAUUUGCCAUCAUCAGGCUUCCCCUCUGGGGACUUUUAACUUUAAAAAUGUACAACAAGUGGCAGGUGAUUAAAAAAUAUCAGUUUGUAACAUGAAGUCUUUGUUUUCAAGUGAUACAAUCAAGGUGAUCAUCUCUUGUUAAUUAACUUGGUGAUUCUUCCUGUUGGGGAAUGAGCACCCUACAUCUAGACAGCGAACCCUCAAAUUAUUCAGCUUACUAUUUUAGUUUGGAAAUUUCUAUGUCUCCAAAGAUAGACUUUCUGUACUUGGGGCCAGGAAUUCAAAACUUCAAAAUGGGAGUCCCAAAUUCAACCUAUGACCCUGUCAGGAGUUUGGAGGAUUUUGUCUUUCAAUUAAUUGUCUUUGUUGUAGAUUUAUUUUUCUUCAAUCCAGAGCUGUUUCUGGGAGGGGGAAAAAAUAAAAGGAAGAAAAACAACACAAAACAGUAGAAACCUACUCUUAAUUUUUUAAAAAAAGAAAGAAGGAAUGAAAAGCCCUGAUGGGAAUUUUUGUUUACAUCACAGCUACAAUAUCUGCGUGGACUUUGGGUAGAUCUGUUUUUCUCUUUUCUGAUGCUGGGAAAAUUCCAUAGGGAUAACCUCAGUGAAGCAUUUUUGAAGUGUUGACUAUGGCUUUAUUCAGUCCACUGACAGAAGUUGGUUUCCUUAUGUGUCAUUCAGUAGUUCAGUAGAGAGUAUUAAGUCCUUUCCACAACAGUUUCCUAUUAUAUGAUGUAUGAUGUCGCAAAUGUAAUCAUAGUAGAGAGUCUGCAACUUCUGUCAAAUGGUGAUCACUAUAUAUAUGCGUGUGUGUGUGGAUAUAUGCAUAUAUCCACACACACACGCAUAUAUAUAUAUUUUUUUAAUUCAGUGCCAAAAAAGGAGAUAGCAAGGAGACCCAGGGGCACUAGCAGUGCUGGGAAUGGCAGUUGCCCUACAUUUCCACAGAUGCACAGAUCUCAUUUUAAGUGCUAGAAAAAAUAAAUAAAUAAAAUCCUUUGUUGAUAGUAAAUUGUAGCUAGAUGAUAGUGUGUUUUUUUCCUGCCCUGCAUUUCAUUUUCUUUUUAAGUCUUAGACUCCCUUUUUGAGAUUCAAAUUUGAAUAGUUCCAUUCACUUAGAAAAUUUGGGUAGGCCAGUUUUAAUAUUUUUAGCCAUUGCAAAUAACUGAAAAAUAGAAAUAAAUUCUUCCCUCCUGCAAGGUUUCACUUGAAGAUUCUCAUUUUGGACGGUUGUUGUUCUGGUUAUUAAAUCACAGAUGAUGUUUCAGUUUUAUACUUACCUCACCUUUAUUUGCAGAAAUGAUUCUUCAGUCAGAAUCUUUUAUAAACUUCUUGCAGAUUUCCUUAAUGUUUUGUAAUAUAUGUUGUUUCUGCUAACACGCAUUUAUAAACUUCGGAGUUUUCAACCCAUAUUCGUGAUCUCUCUUCCUGUGCUUUGAACUAGAAAUUUGUAGCCAUUAUUGUCCUUCUGUAUUUCAAAAUAUUAAUGGUUUCUCAAGAGAUGCUGAAUUCUAUGUGAAGAGAAAAUCUGAAUAUAGCUCCUGCGAUUUAUCCUCCCUAGUGGCCUGUUUGUCUCUGCAUGCCGAAUGACAGUGAAAAGCCAAAUAGAAAUGAGUCCGAGCCCCGGGGAAAGGUUUUGAUCUGGUAGUGGGCAAGAAGGAUAUGCAAGAUCACUUUGAUUCUCUCUCUGUGAGGACAGAACAAGAAUCCCCCACAGCAGGGCUGAAAAAGGAGGUGGACCACUUACCUAAGUGCCACUUGGGAAUGAUCUGUUUCUGUCAAAGGAGAGCAUCUUUAUUGAAGUGGGUGUACCUGGUGCCUCCUAGUAAAAGGGACUGUUUAUGCCUGCCAGCAGUGUUGAAUAGCACCCCUGGAAGUGGCCAAACUUCCUUCUCUUUUUCCCAGUACAGUGUUUCUAAGGCCUAGCAGCCCCUUGCCCAUUCUCAAGUAGCUAGCAUUUCCCCUCUCCACCAAGCAUCCCUGGUGGUAUGAGUAGCCAUGCCACCAGAGAAAGCCUAGUUGACUGAAGUGCUCCUGGGCUGGGGGCAGAUCCUUGAGCCCCUUGUCCCUCCCUGUUGCCCACCACCCCAACUGCUCAUUCCCACUUCUGGCUGGCUACACUAGGGAGUGCUAGAGGUGACUGGGAGGCCCGGAUCUUUCUAGAGAGUUGCUUGGCAACCCAGGCAACAAACUUACAGCCAGAGGAGCUUACAGGGGUUAAGAAGUUAGUCAUGUAAAAAUUGGGAUUUGGCUUAAAAACGACGGAAGUGCCUUUACCUGUAGCUGCCUGACAAACAGCCAACGGGCCCAAAAGGGUCCGGUAAUUACCGCCUCGCCCCUGUUCCCUCUUCAUUUGUGACAUCUCUGCUUUGUAACUUGUUGGCUCUAGUAGUUUUUGAGGAAGAAAAACUAUUGUGUCUGUACAACUGUGCUCCUAUUUUUAAUAAAUGCAGAUAUUUGAAAA